AGGGGCGCGCGCGGUGCAGACUCCUCAGCGGCGGUUAACGGUUAACGGUUAACGUUUCUGUUGGAGUGCUAACAAUAUUGUGAACACCUGAAACAUGAAGAAAGCCUUUACCGCCGAACAAAUCUCGGGCUGGUUCACCUCCGCGACGACGUUUGCUAACAUCAAACUCGCAGAAGAGGUGGUGGAAAGAAAAUCUGACGAGCCGUCGUCGAAAGAAACCAGCCCGACAAAGGGCAGCCUGAAAAAUGUGAAAGUUGAUGGAGGGCAGCUCCAAAAACCAGAAUCUGCAGGCAGUACUGCUCCUCCUCCACUUGCCAGCUAUGAGUACCCUACCUUGCCCAUAACAAAAAACAGACAGGAGCUGAUUUCUCUUGUAGAAAACAACUCUGUAGUGAUUAUUCGAGGAGCUACAGGCAGUGGCAAGACCACCCAGCUGCCACAGUUUAUUCUGGACCACUACAGUGAGAAAAAUGCCGCAUGCAACAUCGUGGUCACCCAGCCACGCAAGAUUGGGGCCAGCAGUAUUGCCCGAUGGGUUGCCAAUCAGCGGAAGUGUACCCUGGGUAGUGUGGUGGGAUAUCAGGUUGGACUGGAGAAGAUGGCUACGGAGCAUACCCGGCUAAUCUACAUGACUACAGGAGUGCUGCUGCAAAAACUGGUUUCAUCCAAGUGCCUCACAGAGUUCUCCCACAUUUUUGUAGAUGAGGUUCAUGAGCGCAGUGAGGAGAUGGACUUUCUCCUGCUGGUGUUGAGGAAACUUCUUCAUUCCAACUCUGCUGAUGUCAAGAUCGUCCUUAUGUCAGCCACCAUUAACUGCAGAGAGUUUGCUGAGUACUUCGGCACAACAAUUCAGGGCAAGAUGAACCCAGCCUACGUGUUUGAAGUGGAGGGGACACCCUACGCCAUUGAGGAGUUUUACCUGGAUGACCUCUACAAACUGUAUCCCUACAGGUUUGACCUGCUUCAUCCGGAUGACCCUCGUAUUUCAGAGGAGAUGUACGAUCUUGCCUUCAGUCUCAUCCAGAGCUUUGAUGAGAUGGAGGGCAAAGAUUCCAGCCAAGCAGACAAAGGAGGUGGCAUGACUUCAUCAGAGCGCGGCAGUGUGCUGGUUUUCCUUCCUGGUUUACAUGAGAUAAGCUACAUGCAGGAGGCCUUGGCCAAGCUGGUCCACAAAAGACUGCAGAUUUAUCCUCUUCACUCCACUGUUACUCUGGAGGAGCAGAAUGGAGUGUUUCUAUCACCUGUCCCUGGAUACAGGAAGGUCAUCCUUUCCACCAACAUUGCUGAGAGUUCGGUGACUGUUCCAGACGUCAAAUAUGUAAUUGAUUUCUGCCUGGCCCGUCGCCUGGUAUGCAAUGAAGAGACCAAUUAUCAGUCUCUGUGUCUCACCUGGGCAUCCAAAACCAGCUGCAACCAGCGUCGAGGUCGGGCAGGUCGCGUGUCUAAGGGCUACUGUUACCGUCUUGUUACCAAAGAGUUCUGGAAGAAUGAAAUCCCAGAGCACAUGAUCCCUGAGAUGCUGCUUGCCCCAUUGGCCACCAUCAUGUUAAAGGUGAAGUUGCUGGACAUGGGAGAUCCCCGCUCCAUCCUCUCCACAGCCCUUUCACCCCCCAAUCUUCGUGACAUAGUGAGGACAGUGCUCCAACUCAAAGAGAUGGGUGCGCUAUCUGCGAAAAGUUAUGGCAGGGGGCAAAAUGAGGAUGGCGAGCUUACGUUUCUGGGUCGAGUGCUGGCCCAUUUGCCUGUGGACCUGUACCUGGGGAAGAUGGUUGUCCUGGGCCACAUCUUUGGCUGCCUGGAUGAGUGCCUCAUCAUAGCUGCCUCGCACUCUCUGAAGAGUUUCUUUGCCAUACCAUCCAUGCAGCAGCUUGCCGGCCACAGGAGCAAGUUGGCCUUUGCCCGUGGCACACCAAGUGAUUCCAUAGCUUUUGUCAAUGCCUUCAAGGCAUGGCACUCAGCCAAAAAGAAAGGACAGCUGAGACACCCGAAGGACGAGUUGAACUGGGGAAAAGAGAACUUCAUUCAGAUCAAGAGGAUCAGGGAGGCUGCUGAGCUGUACGAGGACCUGAAGAAUCGAGUGAGCCAGUUCAACAUGCGUGUGCCAGAGAACGCUCAACCCUCGGAUUACACCAGCACACACAGGCAGAAGUUCAUUCUUCAGGUUGUCAUUGCUGGUGCCUAUUACCCCAACUACUUUGUUCAGGGGGAAAUAGAUGAAACCCUGGCCUCCAGAGAGUUGAGUGGCUUCAACCCCAGAACAACAGUGAUGUUGAGGAAGCUCCCUCCAUACAGUUUCCUGUAUUACAAGCAGCUGCAGUCUCUUUUCCGCCCGUGUGGACAGGUCAAAACCAUUUCCUUUGACAGCUCCAGAGCGUACGUGGAGUUCUACAGGACAUCCCAAGACACGGGGGUGCUGCUUGAGGUGUCCCUUGCUCUCCUCAUGGCACAGCUGAGCAGUCCCAUGGAGCUGUCCGUCUACCCUGUUGAACAAAUAGAAGGCUGUACUGGGAACACAAACAUAACCCACAUGAAAUAUGCACGGGUGAACGUAGACUUCCAGAGUCACUCUGUCUGCCCGGUGGGAAUGUUGAGCAACAUUGACCCAGACAAGCUGCCUCCCAACCCCUUGUUUGUGGUCCACAUCACAAAGGUGCUGGAAGUGGGUAAUUUCUGGGGCUUCCGGGCAGAUGAAGCCAGCUUGGAGAAGCAACGGCAUAUGACGGCAGAGAUCAACAAACGUACGCUGAAACCUGUAACUGUGUCGCUCUAUCCCAACCUGCUGUGUCUGGCUCCCUUCUCCGAGUUCAAUGACCAGAGCAUGUACUACCGCGCCAAGAUCCUGCACAUGCGUGGCAACUCAAUAGAGGUGUCGUUCUUGGACUUUGGCAACACAAGUGUUGUUGCCAGCAACAGUCUCCGUGAACUUCCUUCUGACCUCCUGUCCCACCCCUUCCAGGCUCAGGAGUUCCAGGUUACUGAAAUGUGCCCUUCAGCCCAGUCCAUCAUCCUGGGCAACCAGUGGAGCAGCCAAGCCCGCGACCGUUUCAUCACACUGGUGAAGGGUCAUUCGCUCCUUGUGUUGCUGUACUCCAUCCUGCAUGAUGUCAUGCGCGUGCAGCUGCUCAUCAACACAGAGAUGACAAACAGGAGCGUGGUAGACAUUCUGGUGGAAGAAGGACACGCUGUGAGGGCUGAAGAGAGCUUUGACUCCAAGCAAAACCAUGAGGCACUGAUGACACUGUACAAGGACAUGGAGACAGGUAGAUAUGUCCCCAACUCUGGCGGCAGUUCCUGGAGCGGUCGCAAGGAAGAGGAGAAGCAGCUUAUUGACAACCUACUCAACGAAUUUUCCUGGAAUCGCCAUCCCUAUUCCAAGACCAGGGCUCACCCUCGUGGACCAUUCAGUCCUAAUAAGAUACAGUUCCACAGCUUGAGCCGCAAGGCCCACUACAAGACGGUGUGCAUUGAGAAGAGCAGCAUCAACUCCUUGGCCCUGAGUGAUACCCCUCACUACAAACAUCAGAGGGUGCUGGUGGCUGGGACUGUGUCAGUGAACCCCACAGGGACACGGAUCCUACUGAAAGAUACCACCAACAUGCCAGACAUCCCGGGACUGCCUUCACUCAUCACCAUGCUCUUCACCCCUAUCAUGGAGCUACGCACUAACAAAGAGAGGACCUGCUACACUGGCGCCCUCUGUGGCUUGGGCUGGAACAGUCAAACGAACGAGGCCAUUCUCCCCGAGCACGACAUCGAACUCACCUUUGACGUCAAGUUUGAUGUUGAAGACAUCACUGAGAUCAAUGCUUUGCGAGUGGCUAUAAACCGUCUGGUGUGCGAAGGGCUUGGUGGCUCUUUGCAUCUGGGGCCUGAAAGGACCAGCCACCUGCAGGAGGACUGCAGGGACCGCCUCAUAAGACUGUUCACCAAGUCACCGCCAAGGGAAGCGGUCACUCCAGUGUACUACGAAAAACCUGAGAAAUGGAACCAGGUGGAUCCCGCUCUGAGGAUGGAUGUUGUCGAGCCUGGACAUGGAAGGAGCAGAGUUGUUCUCUUCCAGCUGCAUCCUGUCACUCUCCUCAACCGCUGAAAGGCCGUUGUGCAUGUUUUUGUGUUAAAAAGGAUCUGAUGUACCAUGAUUAUUUACAUGGAAUUUUAAUUUAGUUAUCUUCAGAGGAGUAUAUUUUUUUUAAGUUCAAAUGGGACUGUCGAUUUCAGCACAGUAAAAUCCUCAAUCCUUUUAUUUGUUGUUUGUUUGUGCUCCCUGUUCAAAUAGGUGGCUGUAAAGGUUCAUCCUCUGGGGCCAUUAAAAAUAGUGGUUUGCAACAGAUGAGGCUUGUCAGUCAGUCUCCAUUCAAACAUGGUCUCAUUGUGACCCAUGAGUCAGGUUAAAUAUAAACACACGCACUAAACUCCUACUACAAGUAAAGAUGUGUGUCCGUGCCAGAAUUCAUUGGCUUGUAUUUAUAGCUCCAGUUUCAAAUCCAAAGUGUUACCACCUCAAACUUAGCCGUGGUGUCACACACAAACACAUCUUCAGUCAUCAGAAGUCGUCUUAUGAACGUGAACUCGUAAGUAAAAUGGCUGAGGAGAUGUCAUACAUCAAGGUACAUUUAUUUUUCUUAUUCUUGUAAUUAAAUACAUAGUGUAAGUGCAAAUAGUUAGAGAGUCCAGGGUCUAAAGAACUACAGAGUAUAGUUGAACAUAGUACAAAGUUGG